UCAACCACGAACCUAAACGGUUGAUUUGGCAUGGUCCGAUAUUUCUCUAAAGGAGCCCUCCAGAAGUGCCAAUGAACUGGUUUGGAUUUGGAUUUAACGCCUUUGGACAAAUACGUGCCACUAAAGCUAUAUCAAGAGGAGAGAGUUGUACCGUUGAAGAUGUGAAAGUGAUUACUCCCACAAGUGUCGACAGCCGUGUGGAUAAAGCUGAAGAAAUAACUAGCUUCGAGAGUGCCUCCAUAGCUAGCAAAUGUAGUGUCAGAUCAAGCUGGAGUCGGAGAGCAGCUUUGCAUUUGCAAGGCGACAGUCAUGUGUGGUUGUCAGGCUUUGGUGCUCAAUUAAGGACUGGGUGCUGUGGCAGUUACAUGAAGGAGAGCCGCGGCUGCAAGGAUGCUCUGAUCGGGGAGAGAUAUUUGACCCUUUCCUUUCCGGACAGAAUCGAGUGCUGGGAUCUCGAGCAAAAUGAGAAGACACUUGUCUGGAGCAUGGAAAGCAAAACAUCACCAACUGAAUCUGGAUCCUCGCUUACUCUCCCAUUAGUCCCUGGGGGAUACAUAGCUGCAAAACCUCCCUUCUAUCACCCCCUCUCACCACAGCUGAAGGCUGUGAGUCUAGCAUUGGGUGCUGAGCAUGCCAUCCUUCUCAGCGCUACUGGAGUUGUAUACUCCUGGGGGUUGGGCAGUCAUGGUCAGUUGGGGCAUGAAAGUCUCACCUCUGAAGAGGAACCUAGGGCAGUGGAGGCGCUCUGGGGGAUGCCCAUGAGCUCUGUGGCGACUGGAGGCUGGCACUCUGCCUGCGUAAGUGCUGGAGGGGACCUUUACAUAUGGGGCUGGAAUGAAAGUGGCCAGCUUGGACUUCCAUCACAGGCUCUGAGGAAAUUGCAGCAGAAGAGAAGCCAAGAGCCAGCAACAGUGUGCCCAGAUGCUCGCUCAUCAACAUGCCAAGAGGAAGAGAAACCCACAGAGGUGUUCAUAUCCAUCCAGGCAUUUCCAGCUCUUUUGGAUAUCACUGAGUCAUGUGAAAUCAGUAAGGUCAGCUGUGGGUCCCGGCAUACUGCUGCAGUAACAACAACAGGUGACCUCUACACUUGGGGAUGGGGCGAAUAUGGCCAGCUAGGACACAAGACUUUAAUGAGCUCAGAUGAACCGCGGCCUGUCGAUUUCUUCAGGGAUCAUGGGCUGCAUGUGGUGGAUGUAGUAUGUGGCGAAUGGACCACAUUUUCUGCUGUGGCUAAAGAUGAAUUAAUUCAUUCUUAAAAUAAAAAUUGCUGCCUCCCCUAGGUAAUGAAUGGACACUGGACCUUGCUCUAUGUGACAUGCUGUAAAUACUCAUUACUAAUUGCUAAGACUGA